CGGAACCGGCUUCCGGCCUCCAGGGGGCAGCGGCCGCGGCCUGGUCCCUGCGUGGACAGCUCGGCGCCGCGCCGCGCCGCGCCGCUCUUCCUGUCUCUGCGGGUGGCAGGCCGGCCAGCUGGCGGCCGGGGCCGGCGGUCGCCAUUCCCGUGUCGCUGCGCCCGCGGGGGCCGCCCGAGCCGGCCACGAUGCCACUGGGCUUGAAGCCCACCUGCAGCGUCUGCAAGACCACGUCGUCCUCCAUGUGGAAGAAGGGCCCGCAGGGGGAGAUCCUCUGCCACCACUGCACGGGCCGGGGCGGCGCGGGCGGCGGAGGCGCCGGCUCGGGGGCGGCCGGCGGGACGGGGGGCAGCAGCGGCAGUGGCGGCUUCGGCGCGGCGACCUUCGCCAGCACCUCAGCCGCGCCUCCGCAGAGCAACGGGGGCGGGAGCGGCAAGCAGAGUAAGCAGGAAAUUCACAGGAGGUCUGCUCGGCUCAGAAACACUAAGUACAAAUCUGCUCCAGCUGCUGAAAAGAAAGUUUCCACUAAAGGCAAAGGGAGAAGACAUAUUUUUAAAUUAAAAAAUCCCAUCAAAGCUCCUGAGUCAGUUUCUACCAUAAUCACUGCAGAAUCAAUCUUCUAUAAGGGAGUCUAUUACCAAAUUGGAGAUGUUGUUUCUGUGAUUGACGAACAAGAUGGAAAGCCCUACUAUGCUCAGAUCAGGGGCUUUAUCCAGGACCAGUAUUGUGAGAAGAGUGCAGCACUGACGUGGCUCAUCCCCACUCUAUCUAGCCCCAGGGACCAAUUUGAUCCUGCAUCCUACAUUAUAGGACCAGAGGAGGAUCUUCCAAGGAAGAUGGAAUACUUGGAAUUUGUUUGUCAUGCACCUUCUGAAUAUUUCAAGUCACGUUCAUCACCGUUUCCCACAGUUCCCACCAGACCAGAGAAGGGCUAUAUAUGGACUCAUGUUGGACCUACUCCUGCUAUAACUAUUAAGGAAACAGUUGCCAACCAUUUAUAGUUUAAAAAGUAAAACUGGAUUUUCAGGUAUCUUGUAUCUGUACUACUGUAAGACAUGCCACAUAUUUCUUUAAUGAAAUUCUUAGGUGGAAAAGUGACUAAAAAGUUUUUUCCAUACUGCCCAGUAAUCAUUAGCUUGUUUAAUACUAGACAACUUAGAAAAUUAGAAGAGAUAGAAAAGAAUUAAAUAUAUUUUGAGUACAUGUAUCUCUCAGGCAAAGACUAUAAUUUCCAGGGAGACCAUUAGGAACAGGUAAUAUCUAUUUUUCUCCAUAAUUUAUUUCUAGAAACUCAUGAAAUGGAUUGUAUUUUUCUACAAGAAUGAAAUAUUAAGGUUUGUAUUUCUAACCAAGGGCUGAAUCAAGUAAAAUGUAGCAGUGAUCAACAAUAUGUAUUACAAAGUUAGAAAAGCUUUAUUCUAUCAUCUAGAAAAUUCUAUGGCACACUGUUGGCUAUUUUAACCUUAAGGAAAGUGAUUGGUAGAUGAUUUUAUUUGCACAGGUUUUUUAAAACUUUCCUCAUUCUUCUGCAGCAAACAGGGAUUCGGAAUCAUUCAGUUAAUCUAAAUAGAGCUGCUCUUCACUGUUCUCACCUACCUUCUCAAUCAGAGCGAGGCUUCCAGUCAGACCAUCAGGUUUUAUAGUGCAGACUGUCAGCUUCACUAGAAACGCACAGGAAACAUGUACUGUUCAGCCAUCCCUGAGCACCAGUUUCUUGACCACCAUUUGAAUAAACAUUGGGCAAUCAUAAAGAUGAUUAAUAGGUCAUUAGCAUUGAUAUCUGAAAAAAGUCCACCUCAAAGUUAAACCAUUUGCUGUGGGUUCAUAAUUACAGGCCUAAAAAGGUGUCUUGAACUUAGAAGGCCAGGUACAGGAAUUCUAUCCAGGAUCAAGUGCAGGUCAGCUAAGUAAGGGAGCAGCAACAUAAAGUGGCAAGAAAUGGGGAUAGUGCACACUUGCCUCCUCUCCUGUCCUGACUUUAACUAUAAUUAUUUUUCAACCCCAGGAAAAUUUGUCAGAAUCUAAUUUAACCAUAACGCUUUUGAGUUGUAACAGUUUUAACUGUUACCAUUUUUCUACACAAUUACAAUUUGUAUGUUGGAAGGAAGCAACUGUAGAUAGCUAGCUCUAUGUACAUAGUUCUCUCUCUUCACAAAAGUUAUAGUAAAGUUGUAAAUACUAUUGUAAAUAACUAAAUGCAAAUAUUCAGACUUUGGGAUUAAAAUGUAUUUUUCGAAUGUA